GUGUGUUGAGAAUUCCUGGCCUGAGCUCUAUCUGAUGCAUGCCUAUGACAACACAUGUGUGGCACACCCACUACUACAGCCCACUUUCACUUAGGAAGAGGAACUAAACAGUAUUUCUAUUUCCCCGUUUUUUCCCAGGUACAUAAAUAGUAGAGACGCAAGCAUGAAGGCAGCAAAAAAGCAAAGCAGCCCCGCGUGUUAACAGUCAAGACAAGACAAGAGGAGUCAGACAUGAUGGACAUGAAACAGAUUCUCUUCUUCGCGCUUCUUCUCGUGCCCGUGUAUACGUGCAAGAGCAGGUGCUAUAACGAGACCGAGCUGGACGAUGCAGCAGGGAGGAAGCUGAGUAGGCACUACCCGCAGCCCCCGUUGCCUUCACGCCGGGCCACACCUGGCUCAUCUCCGUCCUGCCCGGUAGAGCUCUACCGUCAGCAGGCGCAGGAGCUCAUCAGCGACAGGUCCCUGUCACCAUGGAGACACGUACUUAAAACCAACACGGCUCGCUACCCUUCCACCUAUGUCGAGGCCGAGUGCCUGUGCUCAGGAUGCAUCGUGUUCAAGGACAAUGCCCCAGUGGAGAGCCAGAACUUCAACUCAGUCCCCAUAGUGCAGAGCAGGGUGUUUCUCGAGAAGGAGCUCUGUGAGAACCAGGAAAAUAGAACAUACCGCCUGAAGCCCAUCAGAGUAGAUGUAGCAGUGGGCUGUACCUGCGUCAGAGCCAGAACCUCCUCCUAGAGGGGACCCAUCCAGACCAGCUGUUACAGUAGCAUGCUAUAGUUGAUGUUGUGUUUGUUUUAAAAUGCAAUUAAUUCUCUGGAAUGUCUAACUCGGGUGUGUCAUGUCCUACAGUGUGAUCAAAGGAAACACUGGUCUAGCAUGCUUCCUGAUAGGCAUCUGACCUGUUUUAUAUAUCUGCACUCUACAGCUGACACCCCCGGGGUAAUUUAUGAGGCUUCAAAAGUCAAAGUCACAUCAGCCUGUUUUUUUAGGCCUAUUUAUUGUCAUAAUGAUGACAUCAUAAUUGAUACAUCUACAAUGUGUGUUUUGUAGGUCUUUAUAGGCCCUGUUUGCUCUUUAUUAUGACUUGUUUACAGCUCUGUAUAGUGCAGGUAAUGUAAACUGGGUAUUUUACCAUGUAUUUGUUUUCAUAUUGAUGGCCUUGUCAUCGGAGAAAAUAGCUAUUGUAUAGUUUUAUAAAAUAAUAAUUUAACUUCUAAUAAUAUUUGAAUAAUCUAUUUAUUUGGUUUAUUUUGCAUGUGAAAUGUUUGAGCUUUUGAAGACUAUAGAACACUCAUGAAUGGAUGAGGAAAACCUGUGACUGUGAUGAAAUUUGUAUUCAUUUGUAUCGGAUCUCUUGUUGGUUUUGUCCCAGUGGGACUUGAUAAGUCUAAGACU